AUGUCAUUCCUCUUCAAAUAUUCUGCAGUCCUGUGGAUCAUCAAGCAGGAGCUGACAGAGAAGAAGGGGAUUGAGACCUUGUUCAGGUCUCAAAUACACUCCAUGAUUCAGGACAUUGAGGAGGCAGCCCUGCUCUCUGAGCAUGUCAAUCUGCUUGUCACUGAGGUGGAACCUGAGACAGCAGACCAGGAAAUGCGGGAUUUUGAGGCACAGAUUGACCUGGCUGAGAGAGAGCAGUGA